AUGUUUCCACUAAUUGUUUUUCUGUUUCAUUUCUUCUGCUCCGUUCAUUGUUCUCUUUCUCACUUUCCCUGCUUGUCUUUCUUGGCUGCUCUUUCUUUCCCCCCCUCUGCUCUCUCUUUCUCCCCCCCUCUGCUCUCUUUCUCCCCCCCUCUGCUCUCUUUCUCCCCCCCCUCUCUCUCCCCCCCCCCUGCUCUCUCUUUCUCCCCCCCCCCUGCUCUCUCUUUCUCCCCCCCCUCUCUCUUUCCCCCCCCUCUCUCUCCCCCCCCUCUGCUCUCUCUUUCCCCCCUCUGCUCUCUCUUUCUCCCCCCCCCUCUGCUCUCUCUUUCUCCCCCCCCCUCUGCUCUCUCUUUCUCCCCCCCUCUGCUCUCUCUUUCUCCCCCCCUCUGCUCUCUCUUUCUCCCCCCCCUCUCUCUCUUUCUCCCCCCCUCUGCUCUCUUUUCUCCCCCCCCCUCUGCUCUCUCUUUCUCCCCCCCUCUGCUCUCUCUUUCUCCCCCCCUCUGCUCUCUCUUUCUCCCCCCCUCUGCUCUCUCUUUCUCCCCCCUCUGCUCUCUCUUUCUCCCCCCCUCUGCUCUCUCUUUCUCCCCCCCUCUGCUCUCUCUUUCUCCCCCCCCUCUGCUCUCUCUUUCUCCCCCCCCCCUCUGCUCUCUCUUUCUCCCCCCCCCUCUGCUCUCUCUUUCUCCCCCCCCUCUGCUCUCUCUUUCUCCCCCCUCUGCUCUCUCUUCCCCCCCCCCCCUUCUGCUCUUUCUUUCUUCCCACCCCUCUCUGCUCUCCACCCCCUCUGCUCUUCCCCCCCCCUCUAUCUCUGCUCUUUCUUUCCCCUUCCCUCUCCUCUACAUUGCAAUUCCUCUCUCUCUCACUGUUUGGUUUUCUCUUUAUUACUCUUUUUCACUCUUUUUCUUCUCUCUUGUUUAUUUUUUUCUAUCUCUCUUUUUCUGCUCGCCCGUCCUGUCUCUCUCCCUCUCCUUUUCUGCUCGCCCGUCCUGUCUCUCUCCCCCCCUCUCUUUCUGCUCGCCCGUCCUCUCUCGCCCCCUCUCUUUCUGCUCGCCCGUCCUGUCUCUCUCCCCCCCCGUCUCUCCCCCCCCCUCUCUUUCUGCUCGCCCGUCUCAUAAGCCUUCACUACAUUUCCUCCCACUCUCUCUUAGUCCCUCUCACUGCAUUUCCUCCCACUCUCUCUUCAUAGUCCCUCUCACUGCAUUUCCUCCCACUCUCUCUUCAUAUCCCUCUCACUGCAUUUCCUCCCACUCUCUUCAUAGUCCCUCUCACUCUCUCUUCAUAGUCCCUCUCACUCUCUCUUCAUAUCCCUCUCACUCUCUCUUCAUAGUCCCUCUCACUCUCUCUUCAAAGUCCCUCUCAGUCCCUCUCAUAGUUCUCUCUCUUCAUAGUCCCUCUCACUCUCUCUUCAUAGUCCCUCUCACUCUCUCUUCAUAG